AUGGCCUAUUCCUCGAGCCUGAACAUAGUUCCUGGAGCAUCUGCCCACACCUUGAUUAUUGGCAUGCCUCGCGAAACCUUCCCGUUUGGCCGCCGCUUCCCACAAAUGCUGGGCGGUGCUACGACUGGGGAUGGCUCGCGCACACUGCCCUCGUGUUCGACCGGCUCCUUGGCUCUUGUGCCGCUGACUGCACCGCGUACAGCCUCCCCCACCGCUCCCGACGUGCGUCGAGCCGUACGUGCUCCCUGGACGAUCUGCUCGCGCUGCACUUCCGGCGGAGCGACUUCUUCGGACAUCGCCUUGGACCCGUACACCUGGCGCGCCGUCUUCGUGCAACCGGCUACAUUCCAAGUUCCUCGGCUUUGCAAGCGCAGCCGCAGGACGAAAAAAUGUAUUGGCGACGGUGCCUACGGACGAUCAGGCAGGCCGUCGAGGAGGUCGAACAGGCGCGUACAAGCGGCGUAG